AUGACUUACGAAAAUGGAUAUGAUCUACCCGUGUUUGGUCUUGACAAUGGCUCGUUUUAUGCGCUUCAUAUAUUGGCGAUAACAUGCAUUUUUCUGAGUUUGUGUUCUGCCCUGUUCAUUAUAAUAGCUUCCGUAAAACAACAUGGAUUGCGGACAUUCUUCACCUGGUCAAAAAGCGAGAGGGUUGUCGUCUAUCUUGCUAUGUGCGAUGCCUGUUUCAACAUCUGCCAUUCGCUUGACCAUCUUCACAUCAUUCUGACUCAAGACCACGUCAAACCAGCCUCUCUCUGCAAGUUUUACAGUGUCAACAUUGUCGAGUUCGUGUUCGCUCAAACUUUGAUGGUCAAUGCUGUAGCCAUCAACGUGUUUGUACUGAUAUAUUUUGGAAAGAACAUUGACUUUGGAAAGCGUGAUUGGCGUUUGUUGCUAUGGACGUUUGGAACUCCCUUCCUGAUCGCCAUGGUACUCUUAUUGACGGGACAACUUGGACCAUCAGGGGCAUACUGUUUUCUGGACGGCGUGACAGCCCGGAUCAGUAACAUCGUUCUAACCACAGGUUCCAUGUGCUUAAUCCUCACCACCAAUACAGUCCUCUACGCCCUCACCUGGUGCCGCAUAACAAGUGAAGCCAAGCGGCUGGAGUCAACACUAGGGGGCGCCAGUGCCUCCGUUAAGGCAUCACAUCGAGCGGCACGGAAUAUGUUUUUGUUCCUGACGGCGUUCUUCGUCCAGUGGUGGGCUCUAGCCGUAAACGGAAUAUGGUUUCUCUUCGCAGUACCACCCGUUGUGUUAUUUCAAAUCGUCACCACGUUUUCUAAUAUUGGUGGCGUCCUGAACCUGUUAGUGUACCUUGUGAUCCGACACAGGAGGAGGACGCUCGCUCCAGCGGAAACCUCUAAAGCUGCGACCAAAUCGACCAACGUUAAUAACGAUACUCCUUAA